CGAAUCGGUCUUUAUAUCAGCUAAAAAUUGUAUUCAGUCGAGAAACAAAACAAGUUAACAAUAAUUCAAAUUUGAUUUCAAUAUCAGCAAUACCGAUACUCGAUAUCAGCAAGUGCCAAUUGUUCGCGCUAUCGAUACAUUUAAAUUUUAAGAAAAGAAGGCAAAUUGUUGUAGUUUCUAGCAAAAAUAAGACAUUUUUAGGGUAAACUAGUGAAAUUCCGAAUUGGGAAAGAUGAUAACCGAAAAGCAGCAUCCGCUGGACAAUUGCGAGCUGUUUGUCCAGCUGAGGAUGACCUUCCAGGAGAUCAGCAAGAACAACAAGAACAGCAAGAGCCUUAAAAACAUUAUUUAUUGGAGCGGAAAUGAGGAGCACAUUGCCGAGAUUUGCAACCGCGUGGCGCGGCUAUUGCUGGAGCACGAGCUGAUCCUCCAGGAACCGCAUGCCAGGCAGCCGGAGGAGGAGGAUGACCUGGUGGCCCGUCCAGUUGGUCCGGAGGCCAUGAAUCACCUGCGCGGCCUGCUUGUCUACCUGGUGCUUAACACGGCCAACGAGCAGCACGAAGAGCACUCCCAAUGGAGCCAGAAGUGCUUCCAUUUGUGCGGCCAACUGCCGGCCAUACCGCAAUUCCUGACCAUUGCCAUUGCCUUGAAGUGUGGCCUGCAGCAGCCGCUGGAGGAGUUGCUGGCCUGCGGGCCACGCUGGCUGACCACCCAGUACUUCGAUACCUUCAACCAGACUCUGUCGCACGUGCACAAGGAUCCCCUCGAUGUGCUGCCCUUGAUAUUCGGCGUUCUAAAGGCAGCCGGUUGUGCCAUCGUCCAUCAUAAUCUGCCCGAAGCCAAUGGGCGGUUGAUUAGCCUGAUGUCCGGAAUGUUGCAUCGUCAUCUCCUAACCUCUGAGGAGCGCUUGAAGAAGGAGCUGCCGGCGUCCAGGCGCGACAUUUACCUGGCUCAGGUCACGCAGCAGCUGAUAGAGCUGCUUUUGGACAUUCUCGACGAUGUGAAGGGACAGCAGAAGCCCAAGAGCUUCACCAUUUACAGCCAGAUGAGCGUCGACAUCAGUGGCAGCUACUCAACGGAUGCCAAAAAAGAUCUGCACCUCUAUGCCCUAGUCUUGUUGGACGCAAUUCAACGCGCUUUGCAGCCAGUCAGCGUGUAUACCUACAUGAACUGGUUGGAUAUGCAAUCGCCGCGUUUGCUUUAUAGCUACCAGGAGCUAAUCUGUAGCCAGGCGGCCGAGAUGCUGCAAUUGGCCCAGCAACACAAGGAUCUCGGGCAGCAUGAGGUCUGCAAGCAGCUGAAGACUUUUGCGGACGCAGCCAAAAGCUUUGAACAACGCCUCAAAGAGCUGACCAUUGGCGAACUGUUGGGCUUUCUGGACGGUGAUCUUGGCGUGGCCACCAAUGAGCAGCUACUCGCCGGACUGACCAAUCUCUUUGACCGCUCCAUUGCCUAUGGCAAUGAUGAGUGCGUGGAAACGAUGGCCAAGCACAUAGAGCUGCUCACUCCGAUGCAUGCCCAGAUGAUACAGGUGCAUUUGUCCCAUGUGGUGGAGGCCAAAAAGAUGGCCGAAGAGGAGGAAGGCAUUCAAAUCAAGGAGGAGGAGAAUGACAAUAAGGAACCCAUGAGUUUGAGCGAGGAUGAGGAGGAAGAGGAGGAGGAGGCGUAUGCCAGCCUGCUGAACUUGGUUCUGCGUCCGCUGUUUCAGCAAUUAAGCUUAAGCGAAAAGAUCAAUUUUCUGCAAAUGCGCGAUGCGCUCAAUGUGACAACGGGUGGCUUUAAGUUUGAGGCACCGGAUCAUCAGAACCGUCGCGUACGCUUCUUCAAUCACUUGCAGCUUGACACGGCAUUCCCGUGUGACGAGUUCCUCACUCUGUGCUAUGAGAAUGCGGAGAAAACGUGGCUCGAUUUCGCCCGCCUGGGCAUGAAGCACCGGCGCUUUGGAGCGCUCUUCUGGCGCCUAGCCUGCAACUGUGCCCACCAUGCUGUCAACCAGAUGAGCCACUGUGCCAGGGAACUGCUGCUGGACGACCAGCUGCUGAUGAAGGCGAACGCCUCCCGUUUCCUACUCUCGUUAUAUGGCCACCAGCUGAUCCUCAACGGCCUGCGUUUGGUCUCGCGCCAGUAUUAUGUCUGCCUGAAGGCAGGCGCCUGUCCGUACGAAAAGGAGCAGCUGCAGCAGGCACAGGCCCAGUUCCUCGAGGGCUGUGCCGCUGGCCUGGCCGCUUUCAGUGAGACCUUGGACUAUGCCAGCCUGCAGCGCAUCCUGCGUUUGCUCUUCGAAAUUGCAGCGACCGAGAAGAAGCUGCAGCGCUUUGGCUGCCAGCAGAUGAGGAGUAUUCAGAGGGAGCUUGGGAAAUCACCGAGUGGAGAGGGAGAACCAGAAGAUGUCCAGGUGGCCAAGCAUUAUCUGUCCAUGCACGCCCUUCUGCCCGAGUGGCGACAGGAGAACAUCAAGCUGAUCUCCCAGCUGAUGGCCACCAUAGAUGCGCUGCGCUGGGAUUUGACCACCUUUGAGCGUGCCCGCGUGGACUCUUUGGGCCUGGCAGUGCGCUAUUGGCGCGAGAAUUUUCCCCACCUGAAGAUUUUGAGCGAAGAGUUCCGUCAGAAAAUCGUGGAUGUUGCGACCCAGUUGAGAUUCAAGGACUUUUGGGCGAUCAGACUGGAGAAGGGAAGAUUUAAUUACAAUCAGCGUUUCAUUAGUUUGGUGACCCAGGCCAGCGGAGCGGAGGCCACCAAACUUUUCGCCCAGAUACUAAAAAAUCGCUCCGAUCACUUGCUUAUGGGCGAAUUAAGCGAGGCCGUGGUGCAGGCCAACUGCCAGUCGGCUUUGGAUGCCUUUAAGUACCUUUUCUGGCGCUAUUUGAUCGCCUUUCGGCGUCACUUCAAGUACGGCAAACCAAACAGAAGGUGCCGCCACUGGGAUCAUUUAAUGGUCAUUGUGAACAAGUCCCCGUUCUCAAUUCGCAAUGAAAUCAUGACCGAAGCUUGCAAGGGUUUCUAUUCGCGCUAUCGCAACAUUCUAACCGGAUAUCCUACCCAGAAACAAGCCAAUCCAGACCCCUUGGAAUCGGAUUUGAAAUCGAUGUAAAUGGAUUUGAUCUUUUUACCGAAGUAUCUGCGCUAGUCUAAAACUUGGAAUGGUGUGAAGCGCCCAAAUACCUUAUGAACACUCGGAUUAUUUAUUGAAUCACCAAGAUUGAAUAUGUACAAUCUUAGGAUUCGGAAAACUGCAUUUAAAAAGACAAGCAAAAUGAGUCUUCUAAAUUACAUAUAUUUUUAAUUUCCAAUGCCAUUACUUUCUCUUAAAUCUCUUAAUUUACUUUUUAAGUACUGGAAGUUGUACAACAAAUUCCUUUUCCAAUGCGCAUCAAAUAAA